AGAAAGGUGUGAUAUGGAAAUCAAGAUUGAAUGAUAUAUUCUGAUGACUUUUGCCGAUUGGAUGGUGCGCACAGAUUUCAUCACAGCGUACCACCAAUGGGGAGAUGAGGUUGCUGCUGCUGCUGAUGUGACUGCCAAUCUGAUCACCACCUCUCUACGCAGCACAGACAGACCCAACGGCAGGCUGCUGGCAGGGAGAAAAAAACAAGCUUGUGAUUGGCAUCUGCACUCAGAAUGUUGCUGGGAAACAGAGCGGGCCAAGGGAGGCUGUCGGUGAAGUGUGGAGCUUAGAGCCAGCUGCGUGAGCUGCUCUUCUUGCAAUUAACAAUUUAGAUUGUGCAACAAACGGAGGGAGGAAUAGACUGGGAAUGGACAAAAGGACCAUUUCUUAUUAGAAAAAUAAGGAGCCAUAAAGGAUAACACGAAGAAUCUGCUGGAUGUUGUUUGCCCUCCAUCUUUGGGAUCGUGAUGGGGACCAGCGAGGCGGCACUUCGCAUGGACAACGUUGAGCUGAAAGAGGAGUGGCAAGAUGACGAUUUUCCCAGACCAAUACCAGAGGAACAAAUGAUGGAUGUACUUGGACGUUUACCAGCUCUAGAAAACAGAACUCUGCCCCCGAACACGUUGAAUAUCAACGGGAAUCAUCCAAAGCGCAAAACUCUAGUUGCCCCGGAAAUCAACAUCUCCCUGGAUCAGAGUGAGGGCUCUAUCUUGUCUGAUACACCUGACGACCUGGACAUCAAUGUCGAUGAUCUGGAGACUCCCGACGAGACAGAUUCCCUGGAAUAUUUGGGAAAUGGUAAUGAGUUGGAAUGGGAAGAUGAUACUCCAGUUGCAAGUGCAAAAAAUUCUCCCAGUGCAAAAGGCGGCUCUUUUGAUGGAGAGGACGGAGAAGCCACCAAUGGGAGACUGUGGAGGACAAUCAUCAUCGGAGAACAGGAGCACAGGAUUGACAUGAAGAUCAUCAGACCAUACAUGAGAGUGGUGACUCAUGGAGGCUACUAUGGUGAAGGACUGAAUGCGAUUAUCGUAUUUGCUGCGUGUUACCUGCCCGACAGUGGAUGUGCAGACUAUACCUACAUCAUGGAAAACCUCUUCCUGUAUGUGAUCAGCAUCUUGGAGCUGCUGGUUGCUGAAGACUACAUGAUCGUGUACCUGAACGGAGCCACUCCUCGCAGGAGGAUGCCUGGCCUGGGCUGGCUGAAGAAGUGCUACCAGAUGAUAGACAGGAGGCUACGGAAGAAUCUGAAGUCAUUAAUUAUCGUCCACCCAUCCUGGUUUAUCAGGACUGUGUUGGCAAUAUCCAGGCCUUUCAUUAGUGUUAAGUUCAUGAGUAAGAUCCAGUACGCGUACACCCUCUCUGAAGUGGAGCAGGUGAUUCCGAUGGAACAGAUGCAGAUCCCAGAGUGUGUUUUACAGUUUGAAGAAGAAAGAAUCAAAGCUAAGCGACCGAGGACAGAGGAAAAUGAAAACACAACUGAGAAAAACAGAUCCGGAACUGCAGUGGAAGGGCAGGAGUAAAGAUGCUGCCCGACUUGCUGAGUAUUUCCAGCACUUUCUUUUUUUCCCCCCUGCGGUACCUUGUUUUUUGUGAAUGAAAAAACAAUUUCUUGACAGUAUUAAAAGGGUUUUGUCCGUGUUGUGAGGAGAUGAUUUCAGUAAUGGACAGUUAAUUACAUGUGGAUAUUCACUGGAAAUGUGUAAAAUUGCAGCGUUCUUGACUUGGAAAGUGGACACUGUUCUAGAGUCAGAGUGAUAGAGUGCGGAAAGAUACCCCUUGGUCACUGAGUCCACAUUAAACCCCAGUUACACUGAUAUUCAUCCUGACCCAUUUUAUGCAUCAGCUCCCCCCCACUCAGUCACACUCAUCUACACACUAGGGCAGUUUUCCACGACCAACCUGCAUGUUUUGGGAUGUGGGAGGAAAUGGGAAGAGAUUUGACUCGAGCAGAUCUUCUGUAUUUUUGUUUACUCUUCAUCUAGACAUCCCGUUGCUUGUCUGUGUAUGUGUUAGCAUUGGACAGGCUCAAACCCAGGCCACAAUCACACACUACUUUUGUUGAAAGAACCAGACAGCUGUCUCUAUUCCUCAAUGCAGAUUGUAAUGUUAUAUCCACCUGCUGCAGCUUUACUGUGUUCCCCGAAACUAAAUCACUGCAGAAAUAUCUUUCACACCAAUCCAACAGUCUUCCUCAGCCCAGAUACACUUGAAAAUGGAAAGAAAUGCUGAUAAUGUGAGAGGGAUUGGGAGCUGUAAAGAUUGUCAAAGACCAUUGUGUUCCUGUAUUGUGGAUUUGAAGUAAUCAGAUUUACACGAUGUCUAAAGUAUAACAUGCAAGAGGAUGGAACUUAUUUUCCAAAAUAAUCUUUUGAAUACGGAAUAUCAUCAUAAUCAUAAUUGUCAUUUACUAGCUAAGUAUGUUUAGCAACACACGAGGAACUUGAUUUGCCGUUCAGUCAAACCAAAAAAGCAACAACACACACAACUACAUAAAAUUUGACAUAAACAUCCACCACAGCGACUCCUCCACAUUCCCCACUGUGAUGGGAGGGAAUAAAGUCUUAUCUUCUUUCCUCCAUCCUCCCGCAGUCGGGGGAGUCGAACCACCCACAGCCGGUGAUCGAGCUCCCAAGUCGGGGCGGUCGAACUACUGCGGCUUGGAGCUCCCGAAGUCGGUCGCUGACCAGGGACCGCGAGCUCCGUAAUGUUAAAGUCCGCAGCACCCGCAGGUUGGAGCAGCAAAGGCCGACUCCCGGCAAAGGGACGGCCCACUGCGAGAAGUUCAAGUCCACAGGCUCCAUGGUUUUGGAGAUCUAGAAGUCCCAGCUGGAGGCUGCCAGCUCCACCAUGUUAGGCCGCAGUGCAGACGGAGAUACAACACAGAAACAGUUGCAUCUCAGUGAAGGAAAGAGAUGAGAGUCUCCUCCACCCGGCCCACCACAUAAUACAAACUAAAGAUAAACUAAAACAUACAUUUUACAACAAAAUAAACACACAAAGAAGGAGAAAUACAAAGCCAUCGUGUUUAAUAUAUUAAGCUAACUGUAAGUUAGAAGAAAGUAAAUCCACAAAUGGCAGUGUAGUGCAGCAGAGGAGGGUACAAGUUAGAGACCCUAUUGUUUGUUUGACCUCCUCUCCUAUCCAUCGCUGCAGUGUGCCGCAUGUCCCUGUGUGUUGAUCUCAAUGCUUGUGAUACCUGGCUGAAGUGGCCAAGCUUCACGUGUGGGCUGAGACAGAGAAUGCAACCAGGAUAUUGAACUGGAUGUUAACAGCAGUUGCUGCAAAAUACCUUCACACAACAUCCACUUCCUCACCGAGAUGAAGAAUAGAAAUAGUGAGUUUCCUCAUUGGAAAUUAGCAGGUUAAUGACUCGGUUACAUGAGUGGAUGCAAGGUGGUAUCUUUAGUAGUAACUUUGGUCCCUUUUAUUGGGAACACGGGCAGGUGGGACCAGUGUAGAUGGUUCACGUUGGCCGGGGCGGGCAAGAUGGGCCGAAGGGCCUGUUUCCACGCUGUAUCACUCUGUGACUCUGUGACAGUGCUGGGGAAGCAACAACCACACUAUCAAGGUUGAAAUAUUCAAUCUUCAAGAUAUUCAAUAUUUAAAAAAAUUAUUGAAGUAAGUAUUUUGGCCAUAAAACCAUCUCGUUAUUUUUCUGUUCUAGGAAGUUGAGAAGUUUCACGUCAUAGAUUGGAAUUCAGAGAAAACAGGAUGAAGUUCUUGGCAAAGUUGUUGUGAAAUUUCUGACACAAGUUGUAUAGUUUGUCAAUGGUUGAUUUUCACUCUGUGUCACUGACUAUAGGAUCCAGACACUGGGCUAGGAUCAUCUAAAUUCUGUGGCCACUAAUCAUGUGGCUCACAUCGUCACAUGGAAGGAAGUAUGUAGGGUUAAGGUCGUAAUUCUGUUGUCACCACAUCUCCUUUUUAUAUAAAUUAUUUAGUACUUUGGUUUUGCCAACCUUGUUCCUCCCCGUCCUCUCCUGAAGCACCACCAUCCAUUGCUCUGUCAUUAGUCUCAAAGGCACCAGCCCCCCCCCCACCCCCCCCCCAACUACACAUCAGCCUCCAUGUCCAAUGUCAGCAGCAUCUUGUCAAGGUAUCUCAGCCGCCUCGUCUCCACAAGCCGAGACUCCUGCAGCUUCUGAAUAAAACCCACCUCUGACUGAAAGCUUUGAGGCUUUGAAGUGAAUUAAGCUCCAAAUGUUCUUAAUCCACUUGCCUUGAAUGAUAAGGAUAUGCAGGAGAUUAUUUCAUCAGUUGGCCUCUGUGGAAAAAGUGUGUAGCCAGAUAAAUGUUUCAAAGCACCUGACCCAUGAAUAUUGGAGAAGGGUUUUGGUGCAGGUUUGUUACAUUCCAAUGAGUAGUUGGGACAAAGGUGGUCAAGUUAUUAUUUAACACUAACCGCAGUAAUUGCAAUGAAAAUGAAAUGAGUGCUGUUGUCCAGGUUGGAGCUGGUUUGUUGCGACCAGCAUGUUCUCAGAUUCAGUGAGGAAGGUCUCACUUUGGUCGCUGUGGAGUAACGAGCUUUGCCAAUGCAUUGUGCGGACUGUGCAAAGCUCUCCCUGGUGUUUUGAGCUUGCUCUGUGGGCUCCAGUUGCCAACUCUGCUGCUUGGUGGGAGAAUGUCGGUCAAACUGGGCAAGUAAUCAGUGAUUGGGUAGCCGGUCAUCACUGGACGUCAUAACUCACACAUGGAGAAGGUGCAAGAUGCUGCUGCAUCAGGCAGCAAGAGACAACAGGGGCAACAGCACACAGUUCUACUGGACACAGUACUGGCCAGUGUGCAAGGCCAAUGUAGUGGAGCCUGACUCAGAGAAAGACAACUGCUGACAAUCACAGUUCUAAAUGCCCAAUGAUGGGUCACUUACUGCAAGUAUAUGUUGGUGAAUCUCAUUGUAAUUGUCUGUUACGGUUAACACUUGCAUUGUUUUAAACAGUUUUUGAUUGGUUUCUUCAUGACUAAUAUUCUCAGAUAGCCGAGUUAAAUUCCAGCUGUGGAAUAACUGCUUGCUCCGUCCCAGCAGUGUGAAGGCUUACUGUGUAAUCACCAGCCGCAGACAUUGUGACGUGCUGGAUGUAUCUAUUCCAUAUUGUAUAAUCUUAAAGGUGGCUCCUUGAUGAUGUUUUGCCUAUUGUCUGUUUCAAGACUUUUCGUAGAAAACCUCAAUGAAAUAUGUUGAUCUUCUCGUUGGGUAUCUAUCUUACUGUCAGAUUCUUCACGCCAAUGUUUUCAAACUAUGGACUUUCCCACAUGCAACAGUGGGGAAACGACAAUCUCCCCCAAAUGGAAGGGUUCUCUGGUCAAUGGAAAUGGACAGCUGCAUGAAUUCCAGGAAUUGCGAAAGGUCCCACCUUUGAAUGACAUCUGGGACACAUUCCUGCUCUGCAGGAAUUUUGUUUAGUUCAGAGAUACAGUGAGGAAACAGGCCCUUCGGCCCGUCGAGUCCGCACCGACUAGCGAUCCCCACAGCAACACUAUCCUACACACACACACACACACACACACUAGGGACAAUUUACAUUUACACCAAGCCAAUUAAGCUACAAACCUGCACGUCUUUGGAGUGUGGGGGGAAACCGAAGAUUCCGAAGACAACCCACGCAGGUCUCGGGGAAAACGUACAAACUCCGCACAGACAGCACCCGUAGUCAGGAUCUAACCCGGGGCUCUGGCAAAUCCUUUUGUGAAUGAAUCCUUUCAUGACGCUAGUAUUCAAAAUAAUGCAUUUUCCUCCUCCUCCCAUUUACCUGUAAGAUCCAACAUCUUGAUGGACAAUUCAUUCAAAGCCUAACUGGUCCUGGAGUGUUGAGCAGGCUUACAUUCAAUGUCUUUAUGCCCUAUCCAUAGACAGUGGGGAGGCUGUUGGAGUUAUAUAGAUACAUAGACAAUAGGUGCAGAAGUAGGCCAUUCAGCCCUUCUAGCCAGCACCGCCAUUCAAUGUGAUCAUCCACAAUCAGUACCCUGUUCCUGCCUUCUCCCCAAA